AUGGACCGACGGUUCCAAUCGGACCUCGAAUGGUUCAUUUCUCCGGUGAUCAGUGUCCAGGACUUUUUGUACGAAGCGACAAAUGCCGAAUCUGUUGCAAAAGGUUUGAAAACUCCAGGGUGGUCCCUAUAAGGGCCCUUGAAAGGUAGCUCUAGGGACCACUUUAUCAACCCCUAUAGGGGUCCCUAAGGCUUUCCAAAGUGAUUCCAGUUAUUGUGAGCUCCACUUGAGCUUUAGUGGCUAAAGGGUCAGACCGUAAACCCCUAUAGGGGCCACUUUUUAGGCCCCUGUAGAGUCCCUUAAACCCUAUAGGGACCACUCUGGAAUUUCACAGUCCAGUGGCCGCUGAAAGGUUCUUCAAGGACUACUUGGAGGGCACUUAAGGGGCCACUAAAGCCACCUCUAUAGAAGCCACUAUUUGGCGUCGUAAUGGCCACUACAGUAGUAUUUAGUAAUCUAGUAGUCUCUCUCUCCUAAAGGGGCCACUCAUCUUUAGCUACUAUAGUGACCACUAAAACGUCAAAAUCCUGAAGUGACCCGAAUUUUCUCACUUUUAGGCGUUCUCGGCGCUUCGGAAGGGGCUGAUGACAAUAGUUUGAGGCAGAAUUUCGUGGAACAAACGGCCUGUUCUUCGAAAGUCGCCGAUAAGAUUUUUGAUCAGGCCAUCAGGUGAGAUUCGACAAACUCAGCAAUGCGAGAAUAGUCCCUAUAGGGGCCACUUGAGCUUGUAGAAGUGAUCCCUCCAAGGGAACUUACUAGUCGUUUAUUCUUAUGAACUGUAUGAGGUGAAGCGUUUCCAUGCGAAUUGAGGUACUUCAGAGUGGUCCCUUUAGGGGCCUUGGAAGGUUACUCUCUAGGGAUAACUUUACUUCUCCCUCUAGGGUCACGAAAGCUUGUAAAAGUGAUCCCUUUAGGGGAGCAUCCUAGUCGUUUAUUUUUAGGAACUCUAUGAGGUGAAGCGUUUCCAUGCGAACUUAGAACGCCAGAUUGGUCCCUUUAGGGGCUCUUGAAGGUUACUCUCCAGGGACCGGUUUAUCUCCUCUAUAGGGGCCACUUGAGCUUGUAAAAGUGGCCCUUCUAGGGUAGCAUUUCGAUUAUUGUUAUGAACUCUACGCGGUGUAGCGUUUCCAUGCGAACUUAAGACGCCAGAGUGAUUCCUUUAGGGGCCGUGGAAGGUACCUCUCUUGAGACCGAUUUAUCUCCCCUAAAGGGGCCACUUGAGCUUGGAAAAGUGGCCUUUUUAGGGUAGCAUGUUGAUUUUUGCUGUGAACUCUGUGAGAAAAAGUAUUAUCCUGUGAAAAUUUGUAAUGGCUACUUUAGGGUUUUUGACAGUUUAGUGGCCACUGUAGUAGUCUAAUCAGGGCUCACUCGAGUGACUAAAUUUGAGUGGCCCCUAUAGGAGUUUAAGGGUUCAGAGAAGGUGGACAGGGAUUUAAGCAUUUUGUACUGAUUUAUUACCUUGUUCGAAUUUUCUCUUUUGAAGUCAAAGACCCCUUAAGGGACCACUUAUAUUUUCCCGUAUGAGAAGAUUUUUUUCCCGAAACCUUCUAGAAACCAAGGCAUUAUUCGGUGUCACUGGAGAAAACAGAAUAAUUUACCAUUUUGUAUUGAUUUCAAAUUUUUUGGAAUGUUUUUUUUCAAAUCAAGUUAUUUUCUUCUCAUUUCCAGCCUCGAUAUUCUGUUCGAUAAGCCGGGUGAGCGAAAAACGUUUCAAGAGUCCUCUAGAUAUGGAUAUGAGCUGCGGCCAACGGAGCUUCGAACACAUCAGUGAGACAUUUUUUCAAUUUUUCACGUUUUCCCGCGUUUUCUAUCACUUUUGCAGUGUUCCGAAAUGAGUUUUUCGCGUUAAUCUAUCCAUUUUUUGUCUCUAUUUAAAAUUUUUGGCUUUCAGUUACAUGGAGGCUCGGGAUAAAUGGUGCGGUUUAUCGAAACAACGAAAAUCGGCCUAUGUUAAAUCGAUGAAAUAUGAUAGUUUCAAUGGCGCCGAGUUGGGAUCGGUGAGCAGUUUUCAGGCGAUUUCCACAAUUUUUAGAAAAAAUAACGUCAUAUCUUGUUGAGAGUGUCGUUUGAAAUGCUGGCAAUGGACUUUUUUUCGAAGAUUUUUUUCGUAAUAUGAAAACGAAAGGGUUUUUUUAAACGAAUAUUUUUUUAGAUUUUUUUAAACGUUUUACAGUUUGAAGUAACCAAUAUGAUUGAUAUUGAAGAUAGUUAUGACUUUUUAAAUUUUUCAAAAAAAGUUUUUUUCAACCAAUAUAAUUGAUAUUUCAUACCAAACUCAUUCGAAAUCGAAGAAAAUGACGAAUUUUUAAAGGUUUGAACUUGAAUUUUUGUACUCAGUAUGAUUUCGAAAAAAAUUUUCAAAGUUCCAAAAUCAAUUAAGUACGCAAUUCAUUCAAAAAUCUAAAAAAAGGUUAUCAGUUUUCCAGGUUUUGAACAAAUUUUUUUCUGAUUGAAACUCCAAGAAGUUCCUAAGAAUCGAGAGAUUUUCUCUUUCUAACUUUAUCAAAAUCAUGAAGAUUAAAAAUGAAUUGGAAAAAAAGAUGGCGUUUUUUAAAAGUUUUCUUAUAAAUUUCUCACCCCAUGUGAUUAAUAUUGAAGAGUGGAACAAAAUUUCCAGGUUUUAACUAAAUUUCCAUAAUUAAAGCUCCAAAAAGUUUGCUAAAAUCAAGAGGUUCUGGUUUUCUCUAUAUAAACUCACAAAAAUUGUGAAGAUUAGAGGAAAUUUUUGACAGAAUUUGCGCAUUUUCCAAAUCUUUAUCCUUGAAAUAUAGAUUAUUUAGAAAUGUUGGCUUUUUUUAUAUGAUUGAAAAAGCGCAAAAAAAUUCAUUCAUUUGAAAAAUCCUAGUAUUUUCUGAAAAAAACGAAUUUCUACAAAACUGAUGAAAUUUUAAAGUUCUAGAUUAUUCCAAAGCUAUAAAAUUGGCAGUCCCAAAAGCAGCACCAAAAUUUCAAAGUUUAAAAAAACGUUGAAAUUCGAAAAUUAGCUGUUUUAUUGAGUGCAGGAUUUUUAAUUACAGAAACCAACUCCUAUGAAUAUUAAUUUUUCUAUUCAUCAUGUAUAGCUGGUUCACGGCUGGCUUGAGCGAUCGAAAGAAAGGUCCUGACACGAUAAUACACGAGAUAGCGCGCAGCUCGUGGAGAGCUCAGACAGGCCACGCCCCCUUAGCGUCCUAAGCUGACCGUGAAUCAGCUAUAAAUAUACAUUAUAACUUCAAAUUUCAGCGAUUCCACCGUUUUUUAUCAUAUAAAAAAUUUCUACUCUGCAUUUUAAAAUUUUUUUUUGCUCAUUAAAUGAUUUUUCAGGUCGACAAAAUGCUCCGAAACGAAGGAAACGAUUUUAUUCCAACCGAUGUCGUUAUACUAGUCACAGUCAAUGUUCCUUAUAACCGUAUUUUGUCACCGACCGAAAUGAGAUCCUCGAGACUUGUUGGUUUUUUGAGAAUUUCCUAUAAAUUCUGUCUUUUCCAGAUGAAACCCGCAACGAAAUUCAUGGUACGUGGCGAGACGUCUCUGCUCGAUUUUAGGAGGAAAUUGGUUGGUUUUUCAGUUUUGAACUUUUUUUUCAUUGUUCAUCUCCGUUCAACUGAAUUCACAUUGCGAGGCUAGAAAAAAACUCUAGUGGUCACUUGAGAGGUGCCUCAAGGACUUUUUGAAAAGGAAACUAAAGUGGUCACUUAAACCACCUCCAUAGAAGCCACUAAUCUGCGUUUUUAGGAGUUUUUACUGACCUGAUAGUACCACUCAGACCCCUAAAGAGGUCGCUUAUUUUUGUCACCUAAAUGGUCACUAAUUUGACUACUUUAGUGGCCACUAAAAUGUCAAAAUGCUAAAGUGACCCCUGAAAACUUUCCCAGGAAAAUUCUUCUGCUUGAGAUCACUAUUUUGCGUUCGAGUGGCCACUAUAGGAGUUUUUACUGACCGGAUAGUACCACUCAGACCCCUAAAGAGGCCACUCAAUUUCAGUCACUUGAAUGGUCACUAGUUCGAUCACUUUAGUGGCCACUUAAACCUAAAUUCCCUAAAGUGACCCCUGAAACUUUGUCCAGUUUGUUAGAAAUUCCCAAAUCAUUCCAAAACUUGAAUUUUCUCCUUUUUUAAAAGCCACUAGCUGAUUGUAGGUUUCUUUUCCCGAAUUUUCAAUUUUUUGUGAUUUGCGAAACUUUUUUAAGCGAAUAACGUGUCAAUUUUUAGAUUGCUUCAAACAGGGCGUUAAUGACAUAAAAUAGUGUUGAAACCAAAAAGGUUCUCUUCUUUUAGAAAAUUGGGAAAAGGUAGCUUUUUGCAUCUUUUCAAGAAUUUUUGAAAUGUUUUUUGGGCACUUUUUGGCCUCAAAAGGGUCUUUUGGAAAUGAGCUUUUUCACGGAAAAAGUACUAAAAAGACUUUAAAAAACCUUUGGGAAAAAAAGGCCUUAGAAGCUCUUUUUUUCUCUUGACCUUUUUUUAAAAAGUUAGGGGGGGCUAAGGAUUCGUCCUAAAAAUCGUUUUUUUAAAGUUUAUCCAUCUCGAAAAAAAUUUCUAAACGGCCUCAAAAUAGAAGCAUCUAGAGCUCCUUUUUGAGGUCCUAAGAAGGUGUCAAAAAUCUUUUGAAUCUCCUUUUUUCUUCUACAAGGGUCUAGGAAAAAUUGUUUUUUUUUUUUCCCUAAAACCUUCUUUUUUGAACCUGCUGAACUUUGCCAGUGAAAGUAGCUUCGAAACUAUUCUUUUUCUUUUUUUUAGGCCUUUCUGGACUUUGCCCUUGAAUAUAAGUCCGAAAUUACUAUUUCACUAGUUCAGGUUUGUGACUGCGACGUGGUGGUACCCCUGAAAGACGGCAAUGAACUGGAGGCGCCGGAUAUGCAAGAAACUUGCGCCGAACUUUUCCCCUCGGCCUUCAUUUUCAUCAACGACACGUUCUACAUCGACAGAACCCACGAUAAUGCUGUUGACCUUUCUGAGUGCGUUUUUUUAUUCGAAAGCAGGGUUUUUUUGAUUUCUUGUAAUGCAUUUUGUGAUACAAGGGCGUGAGAACCUUCAGAGAAACGAUUUAAAAAGAGAAGAUUUUUUCGGAUCAUGCCAAGAUUUUCGAUCAUUGUGCCGUGUUCAAAGUGGUUUUGACGAGUUUUCUUUCAAAAUUAUUUUAAAAAUGAGCAAAAUUGGAUUUUUGGGAGCCGUUAGAAAAAUAAUUUCUUACAGAGAAAUGGCAAAUUUGAGCGCGAAAUCAGAAUUUUGACCGAAAAAUGCCUGGAUAAUCCCAAAAUUUGGACUUUUGUGCGUAGAAGACGUUCUUUUUGAAGGUUUUCGUUUCGUCCCGAAAUUCAAAUUUUGCUUAUUUUACAAAACGAUUUAAAAAAAAUGAACACGAAUUUCGAAAAACGGCUCAAUAAUCAGUAGUAAAUGGUUUUUCAUAGCUUAAAAUUUGUCAAAAAAACAGCUUUUUCUAUGCCAAAAUGAUGAGAUAGAUUGGUCAAUUUAUAUUAUUUUUAAAAUCGGACAAGUAUUUUAUUUUUAAAGCUUGAACUUGUCAUUUCAUUCAAAGAUCCUGGAAAAUCUCAAAAAUUUCAGGCCAAUCCGAGAAUUUAUGAAACGAAAGAAGAUAUUCGACCCCGUGAAAGCUGUCGACAUUGAAGGCGUCAAUUUCAUUGACCUUAAAUUAAGGUAUUACUUUUUUGAAACCUAUUAAAGAAAACAUGAUUAUUACAGGAUUUUAUGAUUAAUAGAUAGAUUCCAAGAAGUUCUAAACAAGUAGCCCGAAUUUUUUUAACGUACGAAACUCGUUUUUCAAUUUAUUCUUGGUUUAGUUCUCCUAGAAGAAGCGCCAGGUGUCCUGCGCAACAUUCAGACGAUUAUUUGCUUUCUAGGGGUCAUUUAAGUGGCCAAAAUGGUCCAGAAAGCUCCGUAAGCUUUUUUGUCCUUUAAUUUUCAGUUAAGUAAUUUUGAACCCUCGUUAGUGUUCCCUUUAGUGGUCAAAAUUGUUCAGAAAUUGUCAGAAGCUUAUUUUAUUCCUUCAUUUCUAUUUGAGAAAACUUUGGGCUCUUUUUAGUGAUCUCUUAAGAGGCCAAAACGUCCAGAAAGCUUCGUUAGCUUUUUUGUCCGUUAAUCUUCAGUCAAGUAAUCUUCAACCCUCGUUAGUGCUCACUUAAGUAGUCAAAAUUAUCCAGAAAAUGUCAGAAGCUUAUUUUAUACCUCUAUUUUUAUUAGAUUAACUUUGAGUCCUUUUUAGUGAUCAUUUAAGGGGCCAAAAUAGUUCAACAAGUGUCAGAAGCUUCUUUUAUUCUUCUAUUCUUAUUAGAGUAUCUUUGCACCCUUUAAGUGUUCCCUUAACUGGUCAAAAUUGUCCAGAAAAUGUCAGAAGCUUCUUCUAUUCCUUCAUUUCUAUUUGAGAGAACUUUGGGCUCUUUUUAGUGAUCUCUUAAGAGGCCAAAAUUGUCUACAAUGGUCAGAAGCUUCUUUUAUUCCUUUAUCUUUAUUCAAUCAACUCGAAAUCUCCUUUAAGGUCCAUUUAAGUAGCCAAAGUUGUCCGGCUAAUAUCAGAAACUUCUUCUAUUGCUUCAUUGCUAUUUGAUUAACUUUGGGCCCUCUUUAGUGCUCACUUAAGUGGUCAAAACUGUCCAGAAAGUGUCAGAUGCUUUUUUGUUCCUUUAAUUUUAUUUAAGAAACUCUGGAACCUCUUUAGUGUCCCCUUAAGUGGUCAAAAUUGUCCAGAAAGUGUCAGAUGAUUUUUUUUUUAAUUUUCAGUUAAGUGAUUUUGAACCCUCGUUAGUGCUCACUUAAGUGGUCAAAUUUGUUCAGAAAUUGUCAGAAGCUUGAUUAAUUUUUUAAUUUUCAGUCAAAUAACUUUGUACCCUCUUUAGUGUCCACUUGAGUGGCCAAAUUCGUCCAGCUAGUAUCAGAAGCUUCUUCUAUUCCUUCAUUGCUAUUUGAGUAACUUUGGGCCCUUUUUAGUGCUCACUUAAGUAGCCAGAAUCGUCCAGCAAGCAUCGGACGCUUCUUUUAACCCCUCUUCAAUUAUUUUCGUAUUCUGAAUUUUUUUUUUUUCAAGACUCGGUCAACCAUACGUUUUCCAACAUUCUGGAUCUUGUGAGCAUCUUUUGACGUUCCACGAGCUUCGAUUGAUUCACUCUACGGAUAUUCAAGUAAUGAUUAUGUUUUGGAACUUCAAAAUUAAAUAUUCGACGUUCUAGGAGAUUUAUCGGUACCCAUUGCUGGUUUUCGAACGAUGGAGCGAGAAGAAAUGCGAAUGUUGUAAGCGAGUUACGGCUACGUGAGUUUUUUUAUCGGAAUAAAAGGGCUUAAAAAAAUUAAAAAAAUAUAUAUAUAGAAUGGCAUUUUUUUAGAAAGUGUACUUUUUGAGCUUGGAUUUUAGGGAUGGGAUUAAAAAAACAUUAAUUUUUUUGCUGUAUUUUUGUCGAGGGAUUUUUGAAGUCCUUCUGAAAGUUUUAAGCUUUCGAAAAAAAUUCAAAAACUAAAGCUUAUUUAUAGUUUUUUUCAGUAAUCCCACUGUUCUUUUCAAAAAAAUUCCGUUCAGAAAUAGGAAUUCAAGAUUUUUUUAUAAGUUAAAUGGAUCUAUUUUUUUAGUUUAUUUUCAGAGUUUUCAACGCUUUUUAAAGAAAGAAAUACUCCAAAAUCUGAUUUCGCAGCUUUUUUUCAAAGUUAAAAAAGUAGCUUUCAAUGAUUUUUUUUAGAAAAAGUCCAAGAUUAUUUCAUUUUUUCCUCUUACAUUCAAAAAUUUCAACCGUUUUUUUUUUUGAGAUUUGCCAUAAAUUAUCUUUUCCAGAUACGUGAUCGACAACAGUGAACUCCUGCCCAACGCCUUCACCAACUUUUGCGACGGCUGUUUCCGAGAAUUCAACUUCCCCAACGGCAUCAAAUCGUCGAAAUUUCGCGCCUGGCCUCUCCUCGAACAAUGUCUACUCCUUGAUUGA